AUGGAAGAUCCAUUAAAGAAAAGGGAAGACAUAGUGUGCUAUGCACCACAGAUGAUAACAACAAACGGGAUAUGGCAAGGAGAUAACCCAUUGAAUUAUGCGUUGCCUCUCUUCAUAUUGCAAGUUAUGUUAGUUGUCAUUGCCACCCGCAUCUUUGUCUUCAUCCUCAAGCCCAUUCGCCAGCCUCGCGUUAUUGCUGAAAUCUUGGGAGGUGUAAUAUUGGGUCCUUCGGUGCUUGGACAAAGCAAAACAUUUGCAGAGGCAGUUUUUCCUCUGAGAAGUGUUAUGGUGAUUGAAACAAUGGCAAACCUUGGUCUGCUGUACUUCCUGUUCUUGGUUGGAGUGGGAAUGGAUGUUUCAUCGCUGAAGCGCAUUGGCAGAAAAGCAGUUUUCAUAGCAGCUGGAGGGAUGGUGUUGCCCUUUGUCAUUGGAGCAAUCUUCUCCUUUGUUAUCACCAGUGGUGACAGGCCGGUUAACAAAGGUGCUUACAUCUUGUUGCUCGGCGUUGUUCUCUCUGUAACUGCAUUCCCUGUUCUUGCUAGAAUCCUUGCUGAGCUCAAACUCAUCAACACUGAGAUGGGAAGGGUUGCACUCUCCUCUGCACUCAUUAAUGAUGCCUUUUCUUGGAUACUUUUGGCCGUGGCCAUCACUAUGGCACAGAGUGAAAGGCUUGUGUUGUCUUCCUUCAUGAUUCUGAUCUCUAGUGUGGCCUUUGUGCUCUUUUAUGUCUUCGCAGUGCGGCCCAUCAUCGGCUGGAUUAUAAGGAAGACGCCGGAAGGUGAAUCGUUCAGCGAUUUCUAUGUUUGUCUAAUACUAGCCGGUGUCAUGGUUUCAGGUUUCAUAACUGAUGCUAUGGGGACACAUUCUGUUUUUGGAGCAUUUGUUUUUGGAUUGACAAUCCCAACUGGACCACUUAGUUUAACUCUUGUGGAGAAAAUUGAGGACUUCGUCUCAGGGCUUUUGCUUCCCUUAUUCUUUGCAAUUAGUGGGUUGAAGACUAAUUUGGGUCUCAUCAAAGGUGUAUUCCCGUGGUUAACUAUAGUCACCCUUGUUUUGCUAUCUUGCAUUGGCAAAAUUGCUGGAACCAUAUUUGUUGCAGUUUCUUAUCAAAUGACACUUGAUGAAGGAGCAGCUCUAGGCUUACUCAUGAACUCAAAAGGCCUUGUUGAGAUGAUUGUGCUUAAUGUUGGCAGGGACCAAAAGGUUUUGGAUGAGAGAUCAUUUGCAAUAAUGGUCACCAUAACUGUGCUAAUGACUGGAAUAAUUGUACCUGGAUUAUCAGCUAUCUACAACCCAACAAAGAGGGUCAUAUCAUACAAAAGAAGAACAAUUCAGAUGUCAAGAAAAGAUGAAGAGCUGAAGGUCCUAGUUUGUAUCCAUACACCUCGGAACGUGCCAUCCAUAAUAAACCUUCUUGAUGCCUCAAAUCCAACAAAGAAGUCACCAAUAUGCAUCUAUGUGCUCCAUUUGGUAGAACUCACGGGCCGUACAUCUGCAUUGCUCAUUGUCCACAACUCUAGAAAAUCGGAUCAGCCUGCACUUAACGCAACUCAAGCUCAAUCUGAUCACAUAAUCAAUGCCUUUGCCAACUACGAGCAACAGGCUUCUUGUGUCACUGUGCAGCCCUUGACAGCAAUGUCCCCUUACUCCACAAUGCAUGAAGACGUAUGCAAUUUGGCCGAGGACAAGCGCGUCGCCUUAAUAAUCCUCCCAUUCCACAAACUACAUACAAUUGAUGGUGGAAUGGAACCAAUAAACGCGCCAUUUCGCACUGUAAACCGCAAUGUGCUUGCAAAUGCGCCUUGCUCGGUUGGAAUUUUAGUAGACAGAGGCUUGAAUUGGUCGAACCGCUUGGUUGAUGAUGUUGUAGUGUCUCAUUACGUGGCAGUGUUGUUCUUUGGAGGUCCAGAUGACAGAGAAGGAUUGAGCUAUGGAUGGAGGAUGUCGGAACAUGAAGGUGUAUGUCUUACUCUAAUGCGCUUCGUUCCUGGAACAGAAGUUGGAAGCACAACGGACACAAAGCAGCCUCCUAGCCACAACCACAAUACAAACAAUAUUCAAGAGGAACCUAGGAUACUAACGGUAGAUACUGAGAAGGACACAGAAAAACAAUUGGAUGAGAGGCUUAUACAAUUGUUCAGGAUGAACCGUGUGAACAAUGAAUCCAUUGUGUACAUUGAGAAAGUGGUGAACAAUGGCGAAGAGACCGUGGCCGCUAUAAGAUCAAUGGAGGACAUCCAUGAUCUUAUCAUAGUUGGGAGAGGACAAGGAAUGAUAUCGCCACUCACAGCAGGACUCACUGACUGGAGUGAGUGCCCCGAGUUAGGAGCUAUUGGGGAUUUGUUAGCAUCACCAGAUUUUGCAACAUCUGCAUCAGUCUUGGUAGUUCAACAAUAUGUUGGCCAAGGUUCAGAGGUAGAUAAUUCGUUGGUAACAACAGAUAAUGUAGUUAACACAAAUGAAGAAUAUAUUAAUCAGAGAACACAUCAUUCAGUAGCACCACCAACUGGACAUACCGUUCAUAUGUUCAAUGACACAGAACGACAACUGAGAUGAUAACUAGUAUUAUCCAUAUCUGUAUUAUGCUUACUGGUCUAGUUU